UCGAAAAAUAUCCGAUAUAGGGAUCAAACCUCGAAUUAAACAAGAUACAAAGCUUUCUUACCGGUUCCUUACUACAUAUCGUCUGCAACAUCGCCAAUAUGGUCGACAAGAUCUUCCUCUCGACGGUCGCCGCCGACGCUCUCUUCCUGAGUUCGGGUGUCAUGGAGCUGGUUUUUUCGCUGGUCGUACAGAGUAAGAUGAAGGAUAUGCCUACUGAUGGCGAGGAUGUUACAAGGAACUUGCUGUACCAAAGAUUUCCCCUGACCGCGGGUAUCGUCAAUGCCAUUUUCAUUCUCGUCACGUUUGCGGUCACCCUGCCCGGACUCGUCAUGCCCGCUCGAAGCUUUCUCAAGGUUUCGGGGUAUAUGGUGACGGUGUGCGCGAUAUUCACUAUGUGCGUGGCUGUGUUCCUCUGGGUUAUGACGUUGAGGAUGAGUGAGCAAUUUUUCAAUAUCUACAUCGAGCAAGAACCAGACGUACAGAGCUUGAUCCAGGACUCGUUUCAGUGUUGUGGUUAUUUCAAUAGCACAACACCGGCUUUUGUGAUGGAUUCGACUUGCAGCAGUCCUGCAAGUGCAGCGCUGCUACGUGGCUGUGCAACAUCAAUCUCAAGUUUUGCAAACCUACAUAUCGACGGCAUUUUUACUGUUCUGUUUGGGAUCGUCGGUAUCGAUGCUAUCUUUAUCUUGUGCAUCGCAUGUCUGCUCAAGGAUCGCAAAGAGCGCGAACGCUACCGACAUAUCGAUGAGAAGGCCGGCUACCGACAAAUUUAAUGCAGAACACUUUACAAUGUUACCCGUGAUUGGUGGGCUGGACCGCGCAUUCUUCUAGAAGUCACUACACUGGCAUCCUUUUUUUCUUCCUCUUUCAGACGGAUAUGUGACAAAUUCAAGCGAGUGGUUUUAAUAUUAAUACUUUAUUCCU